CGUUCGAUGUAUGGUGUCAUUUCGUUUGUAAUAUUCGUGAUUAAAGAAAUAUUAAAAUGUUGAGAAGAUUCCUUGUAUGUUUAGUUAGCUAUGUCUUACUACAUUGAAGUUAUGCUAGUGACUUUUGGUGGUGUGGAAAAGUUAUAGCGAAGAAAUUUUAGUUAAAUAGUUCAGUAUGAACUGUCACCAAGUAUUAAGUGGAGCCUGUAAUUCAGGAGAUCAAUGUUUUGCUGUGGGUUCAGUCGAGGGAAUCCCUUUCACAGCUUAUGCUGCAGGCUGCAACAUAGUGAUACUAGCUUCAAAUUUUGAGAGGGUCCAGAUUAUCCCUGGAGCUAUCCAUGGCUACAUCCGUAUCGGCUCCCUGGACUGCAGUACAGAUACUGGAAAGAUUGCUGCGGCAUAUGGUGCUGAAGUCUGUAUAUUUGAGCCAACACCAUUGAUCCAUAGUGCUGCUACUACUCAUGGUUUGGAGUACCGAUGGGUGCAAACCGGUAAGCUCACUGCGGAUGGACCAAUCACUGCCCUUUCAUGGAACUUGGAGGGCACGCGGCUCCUCACCGGUGGAAAGAUCUUGCAGCUCUGGCACCAAGCCUCACUUUAUCAAGAGGACAGCCAACCAAGCUCCGGUGUAACAUUCCAAAUCGGCGGCAGCGACAAAGACGACAAGCCGCCAAAGUUGCAGGAUGAAGAAGAGCCUGGUUGGCUGUGCGUAUGGCAGUGUCAGACGGCGACGCCGGCGCAUCACCUCGCCUUUUCACCAGACGGUGUCCUCUUCGCUACGUCGGGAGUCAACGAUAGAUUGGUUAAAAUCUGGUACCAAAAUAAAGUAUUGAUACACGCGCAAGGCGAGCACGCGUCGUCCGACCUCAACUACACGUUCAUAUACGUCGCGCAUCCGCGGGCGGUCACGCAUCUGUCAUGGCGGAAAACGAGCAAAUAUAUGCCCAAGGGCAGCGUCGGCAACGUGCUAGUGACGUCAUGCGUGGACAACAUCUGUCGCGUGUGGUCGGAGACGCUACUGCCGGACGACGAGUGGGGCGGCUGCGUGACGGCGCACAGCCGCUCGCCGCCGCGCCGCCAGCGCGCCACGCACCGCCACAAGCACCGCUUCAUGCAACGCCUGAAGCACAUGAAGACCUGCUUCCACAUACGACGGAACGCGCAAUCGUCUAAGCAGCCCGGGGCGCCCAUCCCCACUUUACCGUCGACGUAUAGUGCACACGACUUCCACAACCCUUAUCACGCCACAUCUUAUACUGGAGGUCUUCAUUUUCACCUAGCAGCAUCUAUAAACGCAGAGACAGACAUUCCCUUAGUGCCAUCGCUGGCCGGCGGCGGACGGUUUAUACUGCACUGGCUACACAAUAAGGAAAUGCAUUUCACCAGCCAAGCUGAAGCCAUACUGCAUGAUCUUACUAAAAAGGUUUUAGAUAAAGAAGAGACUGAAGAAGGAGGUUCAGAACACACCACGCAUCCGGACGGAGAGAAUGACGCGAGACAUAGGCGGCCGAGUCAGUUGACUAAAGUACAGUCCGAGGACAACAGCAAUAGUGACGAACAGCCAGGUAGCGGAAACCACAGCCAUCCAACCUUGUCAAACACCACGUCUAUAAACUCCAUAGCAACGGACGUCACAUGCACGCACUUACCAGACUCAUUAGACGCGAAGAUCGAAGGACUUUUACGGGAUUGGCAUCAGAGUCCCGAUCUACUCUUCUCUAUACAUCCUGUGGACGGCAGUUUUCUGAUAUGGGUGUGCGAAUGGCUAGACGAGCUGCAAGCGGGCGCGAUCCGCCAAGCGCAAGUGUCGUUCUCGGCGCGGAUCCCGUCCGCGUUCCCGCUGGGCGACGCCACCACCAUGUGCACGCCGGCCGCGCUGUACCACGCCGCGGCGCAGCCGCUGUACGUGAGGCACCGCACCAAGCCCGUCACACCCGGCCAACAACAACAGCAGCCUGAAACCGUGACGACACCUCUGGCGAGCGUGCAAGAGGAGAAAGAAGAGACCGAGUGGCCUCAAAACGACGAACAGAAAGAGCCUCUUGAAAACGGCCCAUUAGAAGAAAAUAACAACGACAUGAAGCGUAAACAGAGUAUAGCGACAGAAGACCUGGGUGAAAACCAAGAGGGGGACGUGUUGGACUCGGCCCCUGUCAUAUCCAUGGUCACCAACCAUACUAAUGGCACGCUCAAUCUUUGGCAGCUCACGUUUGAUGACAAAUCUAAGUUUUCACAGGUGCUAUCAAUAGGACACGCCUCAAGAGCGUCCGGACAUAGGUUUAGGGUUAACGACAUCACAUGCCAUCCAGUAUUACCUCUAUUACUAACGACGAGUCACCACAACAUAUCAGAUAGUGACAGAGACGCGCACAAUCCCAAAGACGACACCGCGGCCGGCGGGCUGUGCUCGGAGCUCAUAAUGUGGCGCGUGGAGUGCGUCGGGCCGCUCGGCAAGUCGGGCGGCGUGUCGGAGCUGGCCAGGGUCAACUCGCCGCAUCUGUCCGCCUUUAGCAACGUGGCGUGGCUACCUACGUUACUGCCUAGCACAACCCUCGGCAACCUGUCAAACUCGCCGUCGGCGUGUUUCGUGGCGAGCGACGGCGAGAGCCUACGCGUGUUCCAGGCGGUUAUCGACGCGCGGACGCUGCUAGCCGAGAUAGCUACGUCGGAGCGGCGCCACAACAAUAACGUAAUGCAACACGACACAAUGUCCAUGUCUUCGGAGUCCACACUAGAGGAAGGCGGUGGUAUACCACUCCACGACCGCAUCAGGAUCGUCUCGCAACAGUCCACGGCGCGGCCCGGCGCCAUCAUACAGCUGCACGCCAUCGCCGACGCCACGCACGACUGGCACAACACGCAGCUGCUGCACGUGUUCCAGGAGCAGCUCAUCACAGGCGAACGCACCACGACAGACACCGACAGCACCGACUCCGGCGUCGAAGGCGACGUACACACGAUAACAGAAGCUGGUCUAGAAGCGAUAGUGGAUCUGCGCAAAGCGGCAGUUUUCAACGAGCCUUUCUACAUAGUUGUGUUAGAACGCACGGACGGAGGGUCCACUGUGCAUAUGUGGAGACUUACAGUUUCCUCACAGGCGGAUCCUUCAGACGAGCUGACGAACAGCAUGAUGUACGUGCCCGACAGCGCACUGGUCCAAGAAGACGAGGGCGAGUCCCGAAAGAACUCCGUAUCAUUCGACGCGGCAGAGCGCGCGCCGCCUCCGCCGCCUCCCAACUCUCAUCUUGCUAUCACUACUAAAAAGGUGUGCGAAUGUCCACUUGCGAUGCCGGAUGGAGUGGAUGUGAUCCACGCUACCCCAGCCGCUGGUCAUUUAAGUUCGGCCUCUAUUUACCCCGCCUGCCUAGCGCCAUACAUCCUAGCCACCGCGUGUUCGGACAGCACAUUAAGAUUCUGGAAGUGCAGCGUUACGAAAAAAGACAAUGACGAAUAUGACUAUUCUUGGAAAGAAUGGGAAAUGAUGAAUAAGGACCAAGAGUCUGCUAUUGACAUUCCGGGGCAACCACUCCACAUAAGCGCCGCGUACUCGGGCCGCAUAGCGUGUGCCUACAAGUGCGGGCGCUCCUUCACGCGGCCCAAGGGCGGCAGCAGCACGGCCGCCGGCGCCAGCCCCGACGCGCGCUUCGUGAACCUGAGCGUGUGCGUGUACGAGUGCGAGAGCACCGGCGGCGCGGAGUGGCUGCUGGAGGACACGAUACCGCUGAAGAACGUCAGCUUGCCGAGGGUCGGGGUGUGCGCGGACACGCAGAUCGACUUGUCGUAUCUUAACAAUAGCGCGUUCAUGCAGAAGAAGCUGCGGGUCACGCAGGUCCUUCAAACCCUGUCGUCUGACGAGAGCCGCAACCGCAACGGCGAGGCGGAACCGGGCAAGUCCGCGGGCCUCCUCGCCGUGCCUUCCUUCAGCACGCUGCAGUCUCUUCGGAAGAGUAUCAUGGAAAACGGGAACACGUGUCCACUGACGCAGAAACACUUGGUGCAAUUAGAUUGGGUGUCUAAAGAAGAUGGAUCACAUAUAUUGACUGUGGCGGUUGGGAGCAGAGUGCUAUUGUUUACGCCGGUGUCUAGCGACUUGGCUCAAGCCAACUUGAAGGCUAUGAAAGAAUCCAUCAACAACAACCGUCCCAUACUCCGCAAGGCAUCAUCCCUAGCCGCUCCUUUAUUCGUCGAAGAAAUCAGAUGGAUGCAACUCAGGCGUAUUCAACUGAAAACCGCCGAUGGUCUGCCACCCCUGCCUAUGCAGAUAUCGUGGGUGCGGGACGGGAUACUAGUGGUGGGGAUGGACUCAGAGAUGCACGUAUAUUCGCAGUGGAAACCGGAGAAUCAAAAUGCCGCUUUCGGCAUGUCUGGUGUACAGGAAAUCGAAGAGGGCAGCGAAUCCCGCGCGUUACGUGACUCCGAUCUAAGAGUCUCAGCGCCGCAUUUACAAAGAGUGUCCUCUAUCAAUCUGCAACUGUUAGAGCGGGACGCAAGACGACGUAACAAAACCCAGCCGGACCAACCGCAGCCACUACUCGACUACAUGCCGGACUAUGGUCUCUUCGAGGCAUCUCAGAUGGCCUGCCCAGUAUUGCCACAGUAUCAUCCGAAGCAGCUUAUGGAAUUGCUUAACAGCGGAAAAAUACGAUGGGUUAAAGCUAUCCUCGCUCACUUGGUGAGACGUAUCGGUGGUACUUGCGCAGGACGAGGAUCCCAGGGCGAUGAAGACAGUUUAUCGAGACAGCGCGGCUGGUCGCGGUCGCGAACUCUUUCGGUGUCGUUCGCUGCUGGCGCCGCUUCGCCGCUAGAUGGCGUUGCUCAGAUAACAGAAGACGUGCAGCUAGAUUACGCAGAAAUAACUUCGGUACCGCCGCUCCCUCUCUGGACGUUGCUCGUUGCCGACAAGGAGUCUGCCCAUCAUCCGUCCACAAUACAGGAGGCCAAGGAUUAUGGAGAUCUAUUUGAUGGGACCAUGGACGUAGAUGAAGACUUGGACGCGUUGUUGUUAGACGAGGAAGAAUGCGUCGAUCGCCGGCCGUCGAUGCCGCCGGAGCGGCAGCCGUUGUCGCACUUUGGACCUCGUCAAGGCCGUAUUCUCUCCCGGCUGCUGACCCACACGCACUUGCCCGGGCUGAGUUCACUAGACCAGAUGCAUUUGCUGGCGUUGGCCGACACUGUGUCGACGUGCGACGCCGACUUCGCCGAACGUUUUGCCGCCAACGCCCGCGUCGAUGUCGCGCAGGGCACAGGCCAAGAGAUUCUACCUGACUCUUUGGACGAUUGCGGCCUUCGAUUCCUUCUCGCCAUGAAACACUAUGGCUACCUCCUCCGUUGCCUACCUCUGGCUCAACGCGCGAACCUACAGCGGAACGGCGUGGGCACCUGCAACCUCGUGUGGGCCUUCCAUUCAGAGACACACGAACAGCUGCUCGCUUUGAUCCCGGGGUACGCUAAAGGACAGCCCAAGUGGACCACUAUGAGAGAGUUAGGCGUAGGCUGGUGGAUAAGAGGCGACCUACUACGCAUAUGCGUGGAGCGACUCGCCCGUGCCUCCUACAUGGCCAAGCAAGAUCCCAUGGACGCCGCGUUGUACUAUCUCGCUAUGAAGAAGAGGAUGCUGUUAUGGGGCCUGUUCAGGUCGAGUAGAGACGAGAAAAUGACGGCAUUCUUUUCAAACGACUUUUCGGAGGAUCGCUGGCGCAAAGCGGCACUGAAAAACGCCUUCGUCCUGCUCGGAAGACAGCGGUUUGAGCAUGCUGCCGCCUUUUUCUUACUCGGGGGAGCCCUGAAAGAUGCCUUGGAGGUGCUUAUAACACGACUGGGCGACUUGCAGCUGGCCAUGGUCGUUGCGAGGUUGUACGAGUCUGAUAACCCAGCGUCACCCAGUUUGAAGAGAUUGUUGAUGGAUGAAAUUCUCGGAGGUGAAACCGAAGACGGCGAAAUAGACCUAGAGCGAGCACACCCCGACCCAUUCGUGCGCUCCAUGGCACUUUGGGAGCUGAAGCGCUACGGCGAAGCUCUCGACACACUGCUCGCACCCGCGGGCCGCUUACACACCGCACGGGAGUCGCGCGACAACGAGCCCGUGCCCAGCGUGUUCAACUUCUACGUGUACCUGCGCACGCACCCCAGGCUCAAGCGGCACAAUCUGCCCAGUCAGGGAGCAACACUAGCCCUGCUCCAGCAAGAGUCCGACGAAGGCAUCACCCGGCUCGAGCGGCGGCUGUACUUCCAAACGGCGCACGGGCACUUCAAGGCGGGCUGCCCCGCGCUGGCGCUGGAGGUGCUGUCCAAGCUGCCGGCGCGCGUGCGCGACGAGCGGCGCCCGGCGCCCGUGGCCGCGCCCUCGGUCGACGAGGCCACUAUACACACGGGGCAGCUGACUGACGCGAGCGAAACAAAAGCCGCGAACCCCGAGCCAGCGGCUGCAGAAAUGGACUGGGGCGCGUCAGCCAUGGACGUGGACUGGGCCGCGCCUGUCAGCAAACCUAAAGAGGACGAACUUGUGCUAAACUGGGACGACGACGAUGACAAGGGAUCUGGAGCAUCGGGAGCAUCCACGCCUCCGCUAGAAAUGAAGAUGGACAAGACAGAAGAGGCGGAAGCGAACGGGGCGGCUGAGAGCGAGAAAGAGAAGGAAGAGGCGCCAUCGGUCGAUAUUAUGGCUCAGCAGCUCAAGUUCGUGGCGUGCCUCAAGAUACUGAUGGAGGAGUUGAGCACGCUCGCUACCGGGUUUGAAGUUGAUGGCGGUCACCUCCGCUACCAGCUCUACAUAUGGCUGGAGCGCGAAGUGGAAGCCCUCCGUCGCCUGUGCGGCUACGCGUCCGCCAGCAGCGCGGCCGGCGGCGGCGAGCUCAUCUGUGCUGACGCGGACCCGCCGCCGCUGCCAGACCGGCCCACGUUACACCAGCUGCUUAUCAGGGAGAAGGCGGACUUUGAGGCUAAAGUGCAGAGGGCAGUUCGGAGAAAGAAGUGGCUCAAAGCGAACGAAACCCUCCUGCGAACACUGCUGUCCUACUGCUCGCUACAAGGUGCAGGUGGGGGCGGCCUAGCCUCCGUCCGCAUGGAACUAGUACUGCUACUGCAAGAGCUGGGACAAGACAAACAGCACCAGCAGUUACUGUCGCCUCUGCCGUUCCCAACUACAUUGCCGCUGCUGGCCGCCGCGGUGGCCACCAACAACACCGUGGUGGCGGACCCCGUCAGACACCUGCAGUCCGUGGCGCAAGACAUGCUGGGCACACUGGGCGAGAUGGGCAUUCCGGGCGGCUCGGCGACUCGACUACUUCACACUCUGCGCGUCCUCGCCGUGGCGCUCUCCGCCUGCAUCUACCAGAGCCUGUGCGACUCUGACACCUUCCAUCUCAAGCACCACCACACGGACAGUAUCAUUGCCGAAACACCUGGAACCCACACGUCGCAUAUGCUGGCUCGGCAACGGCGAUAUUCGACCGAAGAGCUCACUGUCACCACCCCACCUAACAAAUGGCCAGGAGUAUCAGCGUUACGCGGGCUCGCGUUACGGGCGGCCGAAGAAGAGGAAGCGCCCCGCCUGCCCGUGCUGCUGGCCGAGGCGUUCUGCGCGGUGUACCUGGCGCUGCUGGGCUGGGCGCUGGCGGCGCGCGACGCGCACCUGCUGUACCGGCUGGCGGCGCACACGGCCGACGCGCGCGCGCAUGCGCGCCUGUUCGGCGGCGGCGUGCGCCGGCUGCUCACCACCGCGCCCGCCCCGCCGCAGCCAAAACUAGUAGAACGCACCGAGGGCACCUCCGUAUGGUCCUCCCUCCGCGAGAAGCGAGCGCUGCUCAACAUGCGGCUGCUGGGGCUCGGGCCCUCGGUCCCGCACAAGAACAUCCAGGAGGGCAGGCCCACCUACAGGGAGCAGUUCGUGCCGCCCUACUGCAGUAUAUUAACGUUCUUGUUGAAUAAGCCAACUCCCGAGCAAGACCCCGAUUGCUGCGAUUAUGAUUCAGCGGAGUCGGGAGCCGAAGAUCCCGAUGACAGCGGCAGCGAAGCGGACGAUGACGAUAUCUUUGACACCAACCCGGCCAGAGAGGCGAAGCGCGCCAAACUAGUGAAUACAGAGCACUCCGACCCAGACUCUUACUCGUGGGUGCUGAUGCGCGUCGCGGUGCUGCGGCUCUCGCAGCAGAAGUUGCAGCACUUCCUGCAGCUCUGCGGCAUCGAGAUGUCAGAGCUGGCAACAACGAGUCCAACCGUGCACGCGGCCUUACGCCGCGUAGACCAAUGGCAGCAGCAGUUGACCGAGAACCUGGAAUCACGCGCUCCGCCCCCCGACUACAUCCCGGGCUGCUUCCCGGAGCAGCUGCCGGCUGGCCCGCCGAUCAACAAGUACAGAUGUUUAUUAGAGAAACACAACACGCCAUUCAACUCGAAUCUAUUUAGCACUGCGCCUGCGAGACGUCUGUGGAGUUUCCUUGUUCGACAGGAGUUAGUUCAGGAAAUAUUCAUCCGCGCGGUGUUCUCCCGGCGUCGAACCAUGUCCCUCACAGCAGAAGCGAGCGGUGAACCCCGUCCGGGCUGCCUUCCUAACCAACAGAGGCUCGGGGACGAUCUGCACAAUCCGGUCAGAAUUAUACACAAGGAGCAGGACUCCAUUGCUGCUUUCUGUCUUAACCGGGUCGGCGGUGCAUUGCUUGCGGUAGCAACGGCGCGAGAGGUGCAAGAGAUGGACGUGUCGCUCUUACUCCGAGGCGGCGCCAGCUGGGCCGAGGACGAGUGCGAGGUGGACCUGCUGGCGCUCGGCGCCGACCCCGCCGCGCUGCCCGACACCGGCUUCCUGCUCAUACAGCACCAGGACAAGCCCAACAACGGUUCGGUGCCAGGCACCGGCAACAGCUCGCCGUUGAACCCCAACGCGCCGCAGAUCCCGGUCGGCAUGGCGAGCCAGACGGGGCGGGGCGCCAGCGUUGUGAAGGGCUUGCAGUUCCCGGGUUGCCACGACGCGAAAUACUGUCGCCUGGUGCUCCACCGUUCGAAGCUUCUCAUGAAACCGGUGCUGAAACACAAAAUUGAUAACAUCAAGCGUAUGGCAGCUCAUCCUUCGCAACCAUUGUACCUGACGGGCGGCGCCGACGGCUCAGUCCAACUCUGGGAGUGGGGCCAUUCAUCGUGCGUAUGGUCGGUGCGCGCGCCCGGCGCCUUCGCCAAGGUCACCCGCGUGCGCUUCUCCGACUACGGCAACAAGUUUGCGGCUGCGGAUGCCGACGGCAACCUCGCCAUGUGGCAGCUCCACCCGUCGGCGCAGCAACACGACGCUACACAACCCCACGCCUCCGCUAGGCCGUUCUUCACUCACCAAUGUCAUAGUAAAGGAAUUAGUGACUUCGUUUUUCUUGGUUCCUGCAGUUUAGUUGCUACAGCCGGGCAUAGUUCGGAAAGCAAAAAUGUUGCCAUAUGGGAUACGUUGAUGCCGAUCAAGAAGGCGUUAGUUGUUUCCUGGACAUGCCACGAGGGCGGCGCCGCGUGCCUCGCGUGGGCGGGCUCGGCGGGCGCGCUGGUGUCGUGCGGGCGGCGCGGCGACGUGUUCGUGUGGGACCUGCGCACGCGCGCCUCGCGCCACAAGCUGCACGCGCACCACGCGCCCAUCAAGUGCGUCGCGCUCACGCACCACGAGGACCAGUACGCCAUCGGCGCGGCCGACGGGGACAUCAAGGUGUUCUCACUGAUGACGCAUCAAUUACUGCACACGUUUGCCGGCGAGCAUGCACGCAGUUCUUUCUUCAAGCACAUCGGUCAAGGCGUCACGCAGAUUCAUAUCGACAGCGCCGGUCGGCUGUUCUCGUGCGGCGCGGACGGCACCAUGAAGGUGCGCAAGCUGCCCGAGCGCGACGCGCCGCCGCCGAGCCACGCGCAGUAUUCUAAUUAAUAGGCAGGCGAGAUGCAACAGCCGGAGCAGCCGUCGGCCUACCCGCGAUACCCUUGUGAUGUAUUUAUCGUUAUUGCUACUCAAUAUUACGAGUAUGAAAUAUACGCUGUUAGACUAGUCACUGUUAUUAAAUCUUUAGUUAAUUCUAGUGUGAAAUAUUCGCUAUUUUUAUCGUAAUGUACCUUUGUCCUAGAUGAAAGAUAUAAUUUAUUUAUUCGCACGUGCUGUUGGUUGAAUUUGUAUAAGUCCACUUUAUUGGCCGCGGGCCUAAGUGAAUGGAUGAAGAAGUUGGUAAACUCGCAUUUUGAAAUCAUCAUCAUAUCGAACUGAGUACUGUCUGUCUUAUAAGGCUUUACGGAACCAACAAAAUUAGGUAUCUCUCAGUCUGAAUAUGUUUUAAUCGAAAUAGCUGGAACAAAUGUUACGGAACACAUGCUUCAACUACGAUGAUAUUAAUAAUGGAUAUUGAACUCAAAAUGUAAAUUAUUAUUACGCAUUUUUUAAUUUUUUUUUGUCCUGUUAAUUUUGAGUUACCCUAUUUUAAGUUUCAAAAUCGUUUUACACCUCGAUCGCUACCUAGAGAUAUUCUUAACGCGGCCGAGAAACAAAGAGCCGAGGUCGGUUUAAUUAUAUCAAGCGAAGUUGGUGUGACUUCAAAAUGCGAGUAGGUAUAGUUAGUAAUUCUUAUGUGGUAUUGUAUCGUCUGAAGUAGAUUGUGUCUAGUUUUAACCAAGUGCAAUAAGAUCGCUAACUUAUGAAUAACGAUGCUACCACGUCGUUGAAGCCUUUAAUAAUUACAGUUAGCCCCUUGAUCAAUCUAGCUUACGUGAGUGCGUAUUACUUAUAUGUGUAUCUUGUUAACGCAUAAUAAUUUAUAAUAUUUAUCUCGCGAUUGUCUUUGUUGGCUAUCGUGGAUUUAAUGUUUAAUGGAAUACAUAUAAUCACAUUCGUUUGUGGGGUCUUGCUUACAAUUAUUGUUGAAUCUUUUAACAUGUUACUUGUAUCUAUUGUUGAAAUUAUUUGAGAUUAACUAACUUUUAAAUUAUCUAAUGUACGCCUGAUGUAACAAUAUUGUAGAUGCAAAAUUGACAGCUGAGAUCUACAGUGCUGGGCGGCGCCAUAUAUUUUCUGGUAUCUGGUAUCUUGACUUGUUACCGCGUAAUGGCGCUCCCACCUUGGCUGUCAUAAAAUGUUAUAUAGUAUCGUGUGAGAUGGACAACAUAAUAUAACACUAUCAUGCUGUCCCUGUCACAUGAUGUUAUAUAAUAUUUUAUAACAGCCAAAGUGGUAGCAUCAUAACAUUCAUAACGUAUGGGGUCCUACUGCGCUGUCUGUUUUAGCUCUCAAACUGCGGCUAUGGUAUGUUGCACUACUUUACGCGUGUUAGUUACUUUGUUUAUACUACUGUAUUCUUCCGCGUCCUAUCAAAUUUCAGAUGGUAACAAUGGUAAUUUUGUUCAUGUCAAAUAAUUUCAACCAUAUCAAUGUUAAACUUUCAUACACCCCACGCUCUUAGAAGUAAGUUUCUCUUUUUAACCUGGUAGCAAUCGAGAGCACAUCCAUUUAUAAGCAAUAUUUAGUUACAAAGUAUUUUGGAUUUUGGAAGAAAUAUAUAUUUGAAUGAAGUAUGUUGCGUUGUUUAUGCGGCGCCCAUCGUUACGUUACCAGUAUUAUCACAAUCUUAACUCCACCCAGGGAUGACCUAUCAGUGGCGGAGUGUCCAACUUUUCCAAUUUUUGUAUAGAAAAUUAGGUUUCAUUUGUUUAAGAAAGCAAUACGCAAAAUAAAUACUACUUUAUUUGGUUUACGAAAGGUUUUAAUUAGAUUGAAACGGAGUGAUAGAAAACAUGUGCCAGCCGUUUGUCUAAUUUGAGAAAGUUGACAAUUAUAGCAUACAAAUCUAAAAGAAUAAAGAGGCCAAAGCUCAAAUUGGCUCAAAUUUCCAAUGAGAACAAUUAAUGCGCCGCCACUGUAACCUUAAUUGAAUAAUAUUUUAUAAACUUUAAAAAUAUUGCAAUUUAUUAUCAAUAUCAGAAUCUGUCAGGAAUUGGGACAAAGCAUAAUUGAAUAUUACCUACAACAUGUUAAUAAGGUUAUUCUUUUUUCAAAUCAAAUACACCAAAUUCUGCUUGGUCCAUCAUUACAUCCGUUCAAUAAUCUUAUGAAAGUUAUAUAUAAUAUAAUGUGAACUGCCUUUCUCAUUCGUAGUGGCAAAAAGACACUUUUUGUUGUUUUCUUAUUUAAUCAAGUCUAUUUGUGAUAUGGUAUUUAUUUCUAUAGGUUAAUGUUAUAAUAUAAUCACCAAAGUUAAUGAUUUAAAAAUAUUUGAAAACUAUCGUGUAAAACCAAACGAAAACUAAGCUUAUGAAUUCUGUAAAUGUACAUAGAAAUUUCGCACAAUAAUCACUUAUGAGUAUUUUCUGAGUUAUUUUUUGUUAUCGGGUAUGAUUUACUUUAAAUGCCUUCGUUUGUUAUAAACUUGUUUUCGAAAUUGUUUGUGUAUUUUUAUUGUAAUCACCGCAUCACAACUUGCUUAGUGUUCUGUCAUAGUUUUUAUAAUAUACUUUUUUUUAUUCGAUACGUGCGCGUAUAUCAUGAGCCGAGUUAGAAAUAAUACAAUUUAUUACCUUGGACAAGGUAAGAGUUAUUCUAUAUACCAAAGAGAAUUUGUAAUAGAGGUGGAUAAAGAAAAUUUUGUAGCCACAAUAAAUUUACUGCCAUCCUUCGACACAUGAUUAAAGCUUUUAGAACGCCAUUUGACUUUGAUCCUUAUUCAUUUACUUACCAAAAAGUGGCGCCAUCUAACUGGGCAUCGGCUAAACGAUGCCGCCAUACCUUUGGCCUUUGAUCUAUUAGAUGGCGCCACUUUUUAAUAUUUAACAAAUUUUACUUAUUUUUUUAUAUCAGGGAAAGAAUAAGGAUCAAAGUCAAAUGGCCUUCUAAAAGUUUUAAUCAUGUGUCGAAUGAUGGCAGUAAAUUUACCGUGGGUACAUAAUUUUCUUUGACAAUCCACCUCUAUUUCAAAUUCUCUUUGCUAUACAUAUACAGUGGCGUAGCUAGGUGUGGACAUAGCAGCACCUCGCCCAUUGCCUCGCACUUAUUGGGCCCCGCGAGAGCCAACCUUUCUUAUUACCUUGGAAUUACACAUUGAAAGGGCCUUGCAGAUGCGACUUCGCCCACGGCUAGAUUAGUUCACUCUACGCCAGUUACGCCACUGUCUAUGUAUCCAUCCAACUAAAGAUAGGUCAUAGACAUUUUAUUGUUCACCUUGUCUUUUCUGUACCCGAAAGCUUAGAAUAUUGGCAGUAUGUCUACAGUUUUGAUACUAUUUACAGGAAACUAUAUCGGGACCGCAAUCGAUGUAAAUCACAAACAGAAAGUAGGCUCCAGUAUUAAAUUUCAGGUACAAAGAGACAUUUUCUGUCCGAGGCGAGGUUUAGGUUAUGAUUUAUGAUACCUAUGACCAACUAAUUCAAGUAUAAUAUUUUAACUGGUUCCUUUUUCGAUUAAUCUACUUACGAACAUUUUGUUAAUCCAAAUUCACUUUUCUUAUUUUGUGAAAUAAUACAUUUAUCCCUGUAAACUUUCCAAAUAAAACGGACCCACUUUCCACUUUGGAAAUUUAACGAAAUCUAUAUAAGCAAUAUUUGUGCCAUUUUCAAGUAAAAAGCAACUACUUUACUAUCGAUUGUCAAUGAAGCGAUAAAGGUUUGAUUAGAAAUCGCCCUUUUCGACAACUGACAAAGCGGUGCUUUUUGCCUGAAAAUGUCGCAUACUUAUAGUCAGGGGCAGAAGUUGCUAAGCAGAGGAGGUGUUCAAAGUAAAGUUAACACAACUUUAUUAUUAAGAGAAUAAGAGUGUGUGCAAGAUAUUGUGAAUGCCUCGCCCGCUUAGCUACUUAUGACGCUGACUGAACAUAAUUUCUUUAGAAUAUCCUCACUGUUGCCGUGCAGACUGUACAAAAUUAUUUUUGUAGGGUUUUAGCUGUGAUCUGUAUUUUGUAAGUAGUUAAUUGGCGUUGUUUCAGUGAAAAAACAUGUCUAUAGUAAAGUUUAUAAUAUUAUUGUAUCUACAUAUUUUGAUAAGUUACAUAUGAAACAAUAACUAAUGAUAAUAGAACGUGAAUACAGAAAUCUUUUUAUCAAUUUAAAUAUAAUAAAUGACCCACUUCAUGAAUAUGAAUAAAUAAAAGCAUUCUGCACCUACGUAAUACUAAUUUAUGUAAAGAUUCAUUAUAGUGCUUAUUUUGUUUUAUUUAUAAAAGAUAAUUUAAAAUAAAAGUCAACUUAAUUCA